UCCGCCAUUCAAACCUAAAACAGAAGAAGAAGAAACUGCUGACGUCAUACGGAUAGCUCCUAAUGGCGGUUGAUUUAACUCCUCGUUUCAGAAGGUUGAACAGCCAGACCAGAAGUUUUCGUGAUAAUAUACAAAACGGUUUUUCGGGGCCCUUCGGUGCCACCCAGUUGUGGCACAACAUUAUCCGGGCCCUGCAGCUCCAGGUGGAGGUGCGCCGCUGUAGAAGGCAUCUGCGCGUCCAUGCCGACUGCUUCACGGGCUCGGACGCCGUGGACGCCGUCCUCAGUUAUUUGAUGCAGAAUGUGGUGUUUUGCACGAGUGAGGUGUCGCGCCUGAAAGCCGCUCGACUCUGCCAGGCUCUGAUGGAGGCCAAGGUGUUCGAACCGGUGGGUACAAAGCUGUUUCGCAGGGACAAGGAAGCGACCUUUGAGGACAGCAGCUGCAGCCUUUACCGUUUUUUGGAAUACAAAGCAUUACCCAAUUCUGCCAUGAAGGAGGGAAAUUGUGACACAGAAAACGUGGAGGAGGAACACGGGCUUAAGAGGAAGAAGAGCUCCAGGAGGCUGCAUGAGCUGAGGACAAUCUCCAAUCCGCUAGCCGUCGGAUCGUCAGACAGGAGGGUUGAGAGGCUGCUGAGGACCAUCAACCUGCGUCCAACCUGGUCUCAGGCUUUACACACCGCCCCCCCUGCUCCUGCCUUUCUUUCCAAAGCUGUGGUGGAUGAGAUUUGGAAGCAGCAGACCCUGCUGCAGCUGCUGCAAAUUGUGGAGUUGCCUAUGCUGGACUGCAUCCUGACCUCUCCCUCCAGGGUUCAGCUCCAGACCUGCAGAGCUCCUCUGUCCAACCAGGACCUGGUUAUCUCCAACACAUGCCUGGAGAGAGAGCUGCCCGACGCCCUCAAUCUGCCCAAUUUGGACGGCUGGCUGGCGGCGGCUACGGACUGCUUGGAGCUCUGUCCCGACCAGCUGAUCGUCGUCGCUGGGGAACAGCUCGGCCAUAAGGUCGUUCAUGCCUUUUCAGCGGAGGGCCGGGCGGAGCAGACGGCGAGCCAGAAGAGACUGCUCUUCGACACCAUCGCCAAGUACUACAGUGGACAGGAAAAAGCUCCACUCCUCUCAGGACGCUACCUGGACAUACAUGGUGCAAUUCUAAGAUCCCUGGGUGAAGGGAAGGUGCAAGAGGCCAUCAAAGCAUCUCAGUUGUGUUUCCGACUGCUGGAAACGAGCGUGAGAGAUGAACUCCGCAGACUUCUGGCCUUCAUGGCUACAGCAGCUCGUCCGGAUGCUUGCCGUCUUCAGAAACAGAUGGACAACAGGUUCUUGGUCUGCCGGGCUUUUCAGAGAGCGAUCGUCCAGAGUCAUGAGUUGACUCGAGCCCAGAGCGAGGAGCUGGUGCUCUUCCUCAUGGACCAUUACACGGAGCUCUUCAAGACUCCCACAUCCCUUAUUGAAGCCGUGAGGAGAACACUAAGAACUCUGCAGCAGGGAAAGGACCCUGACUCAAUUGCCACGUUCACCUUCUGCCAGCAGGCGACGCCACAGGAGUACGAGGAUCAGCGAGAGGCCACCACGCUGGAGAGCCUCAAUAAGCUCCUGCACCACAUUGCCUCCAGCAAAACCCUGCCGGUCAAGGAGAGGAGGAGGCUGCUCAAGGAGUUCGAAAAGCACCACCCUGUGGUCUUCCUCCAGCAUUUCUCCAGCACCUUCUGAAACACACUGACGGGCCACUAAUUUGGCUUCCUUUGAGCACUUCAU